AAUGCAAACAACUUCAUCGGCGCAGAGACUUUUAAUCUUUAUCCACCCACCACCAAAGUUAUUAGUUACAGUAGGGAGUAACGACCAACCGUUGGUGUAAAACCCAACACAACCGUCGGAUCUCACGAAAAAUAAUUAAUAAAAAAUAAAAAGCGUGCCAUCCUCAAAUCCACAAGUGCCAAACCAAGCACAAGCACAGAGAAGGAUCAGAUCGAUUAGGGCUACUAAGCACUGAACGAGGGAGGAGGAGGUUUCUAGACAGAGGAAGCAUAGGAACCUGCGUCUCUAAACCUGCUGCGUCUGCGGCGGAGAGAGCCUCUUCGAGAGAAGUGGUACAGAGGCUCUCAAAGCCGGCGGCAGCAGCAGCAGCAGAAGCGGCAGCGGCAACGGCAACUACCACAACAGCUACAGCUGGAUCACCGGUGAGUUUAACUCAUUCGAAAUCGGAGAAGAUGAAGGGGCUUUUCAAGUCUAAGCCUCGUACUCCAACUGAUAUCGUUCGUCAGACUCGAGAUCUUCUCAUCUACGCUGAUCGGCCCUCCUCCGAUCCACGAGAUGCCAAGCGUGAAGAAAAGAUGGAAGAGCUCUCUAGAAAUAUCAGGGAGUUAAAGUCAAUUCUUUAUGGCAAUAGUGAAUCUGAGCCGAUCUCUGAAGCUUGUGCACAAUUGACUCAAGAGUUCUUCAGAGAAAAUACACUCCGUCUUUUGAUAAUUUGUCUUCCGAAAUUGAAUUUGGAGACCCGAAAAGAUGCCACUCAAGUUGUUGCAAAUUUACAAAGACAACAAGUUCAGUCUCGGUUGAUUGCAUCUGAAUACUUGGAAAAGAACACAGAUCUUUUGGAUAUUUUAAUAGGAGGAUAUGAGAACACAGACAUGGCCUUACACUAUGGUGCAAUGUUAAGGGAGUGCAUACGUCACCAGAGCGUUGCAAGAUAUGUUCUUGAAUCAGAGCAUAUGAAGAAAUUCUUUGAUUAUAUACAACUUCCAAAUUUUGACGUUGCAGCAGAUGCUGCUGCUACUUUUAAGGAACUCCUCACAAGACAUAAAUCGACUGUAGCAGAAUUUCUUUCAAAGAAUUAUGAAUGGUUCUUUGCUGAGUAUAACUCAAAGCUACUCGAAUCUGCCAAUUAUAUCACCAGGCGACAAGCUAUCAAGCUGUUGGGAGAUAUAUUACUGGAUCGCUCAAAUUCAGUUGUUAUGACACGAUAUGUGAGCUCAAGGGAUAACUUGAGGAUUCUCAUGAAUCUCCUGAGAGAAUCAAGUAAGAGCAUCCAGACAGAAGCAUUUCAUGUUUUCAAGCUCUUUGCUGCAAAUCAAAAUAAACCUCCUGAUAUUGUUACCAUACUCGUAGCAAAUAGAAGCAAACUUUUGCGCUUGUUUGCUGAUUUCAAAACUGAUAAAGAGGAUGAACAAUUUGAAGCAGACAAAGCGCAAGUUGUGAAAGAAAUAGCUGCCCUUGAACCUAGAGAACGGACAUGAGUGAGUUGGUUUCACUUGUUGUAAUUUCAUUUUAUUUUACCUACUUUACUUCAUUCUGAAUUAUAUAUAAAUAACGGUGUCAAUAUCCGAGAAAAGCCUUUUAUUUUCCAUGUAAUUUUCCCCUCGCUUACUCUUGGGCAGUCUCUGAUCCCAUCAUUCUGUAUUUUAUAUAAAUAUAGCUUUGUUGAAAAAGAACGAGAGAAAUAAGGAGAUACUGAGUUAAUCCCAUGUUUGGCCAUAUAGGUGUAAUCAAAUUGUUUGUCAAAAUAUAAACAUCUCUGUGAUGAAUCUUUUUCUC